AUGGCGACAGAGAGCAAGUGGCCAUUGAUCGGCCGUCUAAAGAGGGCGGUGAAAAAGAUAAAUUUUCUACUGAACCUAAAUGUUAACAGAUGGAAACUGGCAUCUAUGAUCGUGCGUUCAUCGAGCAAGAGGAGGCUGAGCUUCAAUGACAGGCCCGGAUUGAGGGAAUUUACGGAAGAUUCCAAUUGGCGUAAUUGUGAUCAACCAGGAUCUUCUUCGAGGGAGCUUCAGAUAACAAUAAGUUAUCCAUCAGAAGAUGAUAUUGAUACGAGAGCAGACAAGUUUAUUGCAAACUUUUAUAAGCAACUUCAGUUGGAAAGACAGAUUUCAUUGGAAUUGAGGUAUUAUAGAGGAAACAGUUUUGAUUCUGCAUCUCCAUGA